AAAACCACAACAUGAUAAUCAAUCAGCUAUCUUGCACAGAAAUCCUUCACUUCUUUGAGCCCCAAUCCAACAAUGGUGCUCAGCGAUGUUUCGGCUGUGGCAACCCAUGCAGCAGCUUUCUUUCCUCCUCCCACCAUUGCCUCCUCCAAAUUCCCGUGCACGUCAAUGCCUGUCUCCACACGGACUUUGCGUUCACAGGUAGUAGUUCAGGCUCAUCGGCCCACUUGGCUCCCUGGCCUCGAUCCGCCCCCGCAUCUCGAUGGCAGUCUUUCUGGGGACUUUGGAUUUGACCCAUUGGGGUUGGGUGAGGAUCCAAAGAGCUUGAGAUGGUAUGUACAGGCUGAGUUGGUGCAUUGUCGGUUUGCCAUGGCUGGAGUUGCCGGUAUUCUUUUCACAGAUUUACUUCGCGUUACAGGAAUCAGUAAACUGCCAGUAUGGUAUGAAGCAGGCGCUGUAAAAUUCGAGUUUGCGAGUACAGAGGCACUUUUCAUCGUCCAGCUUCUUCUAAUGGGUUUCGUAGAAACCAAAAGAUACAUGGAUUUCAUCAGUCCUGGCUCACAAGCCAAAGAAGGCACCUUUUUUGGCCUGGAAGCUGCACUAGAAGGAUUAGAACCUGGGUACCCGGGUGGACCUUUGCUAAAUCCUCUUGGCCUGGCUAAAGAUAUUCGCAAUGCGAAUGACUUGAAGCUCAAGGAGAUCAAGAAUGGACGAUUGGCAAUGAUAGCAAUGCUUGGGAUCUUCGUCCAAGCCAACGUAACGCACACCGGACCUAUCGAUAACCUCUUAACACAUCUUUCGAGUCCUUGGAAUAGAACCAUAAUCCAGACUCUCUUUGACUCAGCAUCAUGAGGAACGCAUGGUUGCAGUUUUAUCUUCCUCCUUUUUCUUUCAGUGAGAAACUGUAAAGUGGCUGGACGAAUUCUUUGUAGUUUCAUCACAGGCUACGUGGACUCCGGACGUUCAUAGUACAUAUUCAAUCUGUAUUCUUACCGUAAUUAGGCAUAUAUUUGCAUA